UUCUCCCUUUUUUUUUUUCCUUUCAAUUCACCCCAUCUUCUCGAUCCGCGACGUCAACGAGGAAUAGAGGGGAGAGAGAAGAAACCCUAGGAGGGAGAAAGUAUCCCUCGAUUUCCUCUCACUUUCGCAUUGCGUUCCAGGAUCAACCUCCCAAGGGAUUGGUUGUUCUUAGGGUAUGGCAAAUUCCAAGGGGUCAUCAAAUUUCAGAAAUAUGAUUUCUUCUGGGAAGCACUCUUUACUUCCUCCUAAAAGUCCAUUUCCUAGCAUUUCCCCCUCGUAUGCUGAUUAUGCCCCCAGUCCUGCAAUUGGAUCUAAAGUUAUUGCAAGGCCUAGAGAGGGAGGAAAUACACAUCACCAGCGUACUUCCUCUGAAGGCUUUCUUAUAGAAGAGCAACCUUCUUGGCUUGAUGAUCUCCUCAAUGAACCAGAGACACCUGUGCGUAGAGGUCACCGGCGUUCCUCAAGUGACUCCUUUGCAUACAUGGAUGCAACUAAUGUUUCUAAUAUAGAUCAUACAGCUCAGGAUGAACUCAAAUUUAGAAAUUUGAUUUCUGCUACUUCAUGGGGAUCUCAAGACUUUGAACAUUACAAAGAUGCACGAAAUGCUUCUUUUUAUGUGGAGCCGAACUCUUUUGGAAGACAAAAGAAUAGGACAUCCAUGACUUACUCAAGUGGCCUUCCUUCUACCAGGGAUAGCAAUGUCCUGCAAAGCUCAGGAUCUUCAUGCAUUCCACACGAAACAGAUGGGGUUUCAUCAACAGCCACCGAAAAGCAGGAUUUAGUUGAAUCAAGUCUACAUGACCCUAAGGCUUCUUCUGAAAGAAGGGAUUGUUCUCAUGCUAAGCCUUCUGCAUCUGAGACAGAUACAAAGCGUGCUAAACAGCAAUUUGCUCAACGCUCACGGGUCCGGAAACUUCAGUACAUUGCUGAGCUGGAAAGGAAUGUGCAAGCUUUAAAGGCAGAAGGGUCUGAAGUUUCAGCUGAGCUUGACUUUCUCAACCAACAGAAUCUUAUCCUGAGCAUGGAGAACAAAGCCCUGAAGCAGCGAUUGGAAAGUUUAGCACAGGAGCAGCUUAUUAAGUACUUGGAACAAGAGGUGUUGGAGAGAGAGAUCGGAAGGCUACGAUCCUUGUAUCAUCAACAGCAACAGCAGCAGCAGCAACCACAACAACAGCAACCGGCUUCUAGCCACAGGCGCUCCAGCAGCAGAGACCUUGAUGCCCAAUUUGCUAACCUCUCUUUGAAACACAAGGAUAACAGUUCUGGCACUGAUGCUGUGACAGGUCCUCUACGUAUUUGAGUUCAUGAUGUAGCUGAGAGAGCUUACCUUUGCUCCUGCUUUAUCAUUGGAAUGACAAUGACUGAAUCGACAUUUUCCUUAUGCAGGAUCAAACCAAGCUCUUCUAGUCUUGGUGCCCUCUCUUUUCCCCUGUUUCAUGCAUUUUCCUUUCUUUAACUGCAUCCUUUGUCCAUUUCCUUUUGUUAAAUUAAUAUCCACAUGUGCACCUGGUAGUCUGUUGCUGGAAAAUUGUAUUUCUGGCAGGUGACUUGCCGGAGGUGGUACUCAAAAACAGGUUCAAUGCUUCUAUCGACCCUUGUAUUGUUCAUGCGAUUAUAAUUCAUAAAGCUUAUUUCCUCCAUUUUCAUGAA